AUGUCUCUCAAUGUCGUUUUUGCUUUUGUUAAUAGAAAUCAAUCCGUCGAAAUUCGUGGAAAGUUUAUAUGUGGAAGUGAAGUAAUACAUCGAGCAGCUGUAGAAGUUUGGAAAGAUGACAAAUCAGUAUGGAAAUCUGCAUUUUACAUUUUGAUGCAGAAGCGAGAUUCCAUGGAUACAUAUCUCGCAAGGACAAAUACAAAUGAAUUUGGAGAAUUUGUAAUUGCUGCAACUUAUCAACAACAUUUGGUAAUUAAGCCAUAUCUUUAUGUAUAUCAUCGCUGUGAGAUCGAAAAAUACUCAAUUAGUGAAUAUCGCCCAGAGUUCAAAUUAUGGCGCACAUUUGUGAUAAAAGUACCAGAACGAUAUGUAAAUACUGGAAAUCGAGCUUUGAGAGUACUUGAUUUAGGAGUGUACAAUUUGCAAUUCCAAUUUCUGGUAAAAUUUUCUGAUACAAAAGAGCAUCAGCUUAGAGAUUGCUGUAUAACUAAAUUAACUAUAGAUAACUAAAA